AUGACGGCCGAUAAUUCUGACGACGGAAAGAAUGGCGACGUCAUCGCCGUCGCUCCUGCCCACCAGCCGAUUAUUGAGGAGGGAACAGGCGCCACGCUGAAGGAGGGAGCCAAGGCCAGAGAAGUCUUCAACGCCGAGCUCUAUGCAGCAAUUCACGACUCUCCCAUCAAUCCCCGAAGCAGGCAGUCACUGCAUCUGUACUUCGCCGUCUUCGUCGCAUUUUGCUGCGCCUGUGCCAAUGGUUACGAUGGCUCGCUCAUGACCUCCAUCCUCGCCAUGCAACACUUCCAGGACACUUUCAAAAGUGGCAAGACUGGCCCAAUGGUAUCCUUGAUCUUCUCCAUAUACUCGGUUGGUAACAUGGUCGGUUCGCCCUUCGCCGCUAUGCUGUCCGACAGGUUUGGACGCCGUAAGGCUAUGUUCUGUGGAGGCUGUGUCAUUAUUCUCGGCAUGAUCAUCAUCUCAACCGCCAGCACCCUCGCCCAAUUUGUCGUUGGCCGCUUCGUUCUUGGUUUUGGCAUUGCUAUCAUGACUGUCGCGGCACCCGCCUAUUCCAUCGAAAUCGCACCACCCCACUGGCGUGGCCGAUGCACAGGAUUUUACAAUUGCGGAUGGUUCGGCGGAUCCAUCCCAGCGGCGGCCGUGACGUUCGGUACCAAUUCCAUCGAUAGCAACAUCUCCUGGAGGCUUCCUCUGAUCUUGCAGGCCUUUGCUUGUGUCGUCGUGAUGAUCGGUGUGUUCUUCAUUCCGGAAUCUCCACGAUUUUUGCUCGCCAACGGUCGCGACCAGGAAGCCUUGGACUUCCUUGUGAAGUACCAUGGCAAUGGAAACGCCGAUUCCAAGCUUGUAGCUCUCGAGAUCCAGGAAAUGAGAGAAAACAUCGCCCUUGAUGGAAUUGACAAGCGUCCUUUGGACUAUCGCCCCCUGUUCCUCACCCACAACGGACGCUGGAGAAUGGCCCAGGUGCUUAUGAUUUCCAUCUUUGGACAGUGGUCUGGCAACGGUCUUGGAUACUUCAACACCGUCAUCUUUGAGCAGCUCGGCGUCAAGAGCGUUUCCCAGCAACUGGGUUACAACCUUCUUACUUCCUGUCUCUCGGCUGUCGGAGCGCUCUCGGCUGUCUCUCUGACUGACAGGAUGCCCCGUCGCCCUGUCCUCGUUUUUGGUACCCUUGCAUGCGCCGCUGCCUUGGCCGUCAACGCUGGUCUCUCGUCGGCCCUCGAUGCUCAGCAAAGCAAGGGUAACAUCCAAGAGUCGUACGCCAAGGGAGCACUUGCAUCAUACUUCCUCUUCAACAUUAUUUUCUCCUUUACGUACACACCUCUGCAGGGUGUCAUCCCCGCUGAAGCUCUUGAGACCACCAUGCGCGCCAAGGGUCUGGCCGCCUCCGCCUUCAUUGUGUCUGCCAUGGGUUUCCUGAGCCAGUUUGCGCUGCCCAUCGGGUUCCAGAACAUUACCUACAAGGUCGUCUACAUCUUUGUCGCUUGGGAUGUCAUCGAGUCCAUUGCAUGGUAUCUCUUUGCUGUCGAGUCCCAGGGGCGUACGCUGGAGCAGCUCGAAUGGAUCUACAACCAGAAGAGCCCGGUCAAGGCAUCCAAGAAGGUCGACAAGGUUGUUGUGCAGGCCGAUGGAACCGUCACCGAGAAGGUUGUCUCGCAUGUCGAUGGCUAA